CAACGGUUGACUACAUCAUGGAAAUAAACGAAACCCUUGUACCAACUAUAGCAGAGGAUGAUCCCGUUCUCGAAGAUCCAGACAUCCCCGGGGCACCUCCUUGGAACUACGUCCUUCCGUUCAUAGGAAUGAUAGCCAUCAUUUGCAUAGGGGUACUCUCAACAAUGUAUUAUCUUAACUCGAGAAAAACUGAUAAAAACGACAACGAGCCACCGGACUCUGAUGGCGAUGAUCACGAUGAUGGCCAUAGUGAUGGCGCUGAUUCGGACAGUGAUCAACAAGAGGCCCAAAAUGUCGCCUCUACAAGCAUAUGAUCUUGAUUAUUAUUUGAAAUGAUGCAAUGAAAUGGACUAGCGUGUAUGAUAUUUUAUUAUACACUCCACAAGUUUCCACGGACGUUUUCAUUGGAUAGCAAAACCCUUUCAACGUUUGAAUCUUAAUUUUAUUCCUUACAUCGCUCUGAAAU